AUGGCGUUUCAUCAAACACCUGACCGAGCAGGCGGUGAUGUGGUGGAAACGAUACAGGGAGAUCAAACAAGUAUGAACGGGCCAAUUGAAUUCUCUGAGUCAAUUCCAUCUGCUCCAACUACCACCCAAAGUUCUGUAGAACAAGUAACUUCAGUGGGUGAAAGGUCAUGGGAGAAACCAUGGACAAUGAAUGAAAUACGAAAAAGUAGUUCUAAUUGGUCAUUGGCUUCAGAUUCUGGGCUUUUACUGUUUUUACAAGAGUUUUCACAGAAGAUGGUAUGCCGUACACAUGAGAUUCAGAAACAAGUGGACGGAGUGUUACAUGAAACUAAAAGUAUUGACUCCAAAAUGCACAAUGUCUUCAGUGACUUCCUCAUGCUGUCUAAUACUCAGUUUAUUGAAAACAGAGUAUAUGACGACGCUCCCGAGGAAUCAGAAAGUAACAACGCUAAUAAAGAACACAAAGAACACAAAGAUGAGGAGAAGACUCGAGAACAGAAAGAAUCUGAGUUGAUCCCCAAAUUGACUGAAGCAUUAAGUUAUGGAUUAUCAGUUUUAGACAAUGCAUUUGAUAAGUUAGAUAUUAAAGCUGGGAAUUCUGAUUCAGAGGAUGAUGAUGUUGCUUAUAAAAAUGAUCCAAUAUUAGAGCCAAAGGACCUGUAUGCACAUCGACCACUGCCAUACCUUAUUGCCACCCCAGCUUUUAUGCAGGAUGAUGAUGUUGGUCUUGGAGAUAUCCCUAGUGAAGAUGAAUAUGAAGAGAGUGAGCAUGGUAGUAUUAGUGCAUCAGAGGAAGAAUCAGAGACAGAGUCUGAAGAAAGCGAAAGUGAAAGUGAAUCAGAAGACUCAUCGACUGGAGUUAGAACCAGAUCUAAAGUGUCCAGAAAGAGUGAUUCAUCCGAGGAGGACGAUGAAGAAGAUGAUUUAUUCAGCCCUAAUGUUGGCAAACAUUCAGCAUCCGAUGCGGAUGAUUCUGAAGAGGAGAAUUACAGUCAAAAACUCAAUAAGGGAGGUGGUUUUGCUGCUGAAUUAGCAAGUAAGAUAGGAGCCCCAGGUCCACGAGAUGCAUCGGAUGAAGAAGAUGAAGGGAUGGAAGAUUCAGUAAGACGAGAGAGGUCUGAAACGACAUCUAGUAGAGAAUCUCACAAAAAGAACAGGAAAAAGAAAGACAAAAAAUCUAAAAAGGUCAAAGUGAAAGAAGAAAAGGAUGAUGAUUUGUUUGGACCUCCUCCUAUGGAUGAUGAUUUGGAGGAAGAUGAUGACUCGCCAUUUGGAAGGCAAGGGAAAUUUAGCAGUGGUGGAGGACUCUUUGAUGACGUUGAUGAGGGGGGGCUGUUUGGUGAGCCGACUCUAAGGAACAAAGAUCCCGUGAAAAAAGAAAAAACUGAAGAAGAAAAACCAACUGAAUCAAAGAAAACGAAAAAGGAUUCUGCAUUAACCAAAUCUGGGAGGAAAGUUCCAGCAGGAGCUGUGUCACUAUUUGGUUCUGGAACUGAUGAUAUGUUCUCCACCUCCAAAAAACAAGAUGAUGAUGAUGAUGAUGAUAAUGAUAAUGAUGAUGAGGCUGUAGAACCUGCUGCUAAAACUAUAACAUCAACAAAACCCCAACCCAAAUCAUUGAGUGGAGGGCUGUUUGAUGAUAAUGAGGAGGAAGAUGAUCUCUUUGCACCUCCUCCAAUGAAAACUACUUCAAAAAAAGCCAAGAAGCAAAUUGAUUUGUUUGGAGAUGACGAUGAUAAUGAUGCUGAAGAAGGGGAUGAUCUCUUUUCACGGAUGCCACCAAAAGAAGUUCCUGCACAAAAAACAGAGGAGAAAAAGAAAAAGCCUGUUGGUGGUGUGUCUGUAUUCGGUGAUUCUGAUCCACUUGGUGAAAAGAAAAAAGCUGAAGCUCCUGUUAAACCAGACAAGAAAGAAACUGCUAAAGUCAAACCAAGUUCAAAGAAAGCGCCCUCUUCGGGAGCUUUAUUUACAGAUGAUGGUGAUCUUGAUAAUAAUUUAUUUUCUCCGCCUACACUUACCAGUACACAAAGUAAAACCAAGAAGACAGCAAGUGACAUAUUUGAUGAUGAUGACGAUGAUGAUGAUUUAUUUAGUACAUCCUCAUCUACAAAAUCGACGCCAAGAAGACAGCAAACUAAGAAUGAUACAAAGGCAAAGAAAGCUGCAAGUAGUGUACUUUUUGAUGAUGAUGAAGAUGAUUUGUUUUCUACUACAAUACAGAAACCCAAAGACAGUGUAAAAAAGAAACCAGUUGGUGGAGUUUCCAUAUUUGGAGGAGCUGACCUGUUUGGAGAAUCUAAAUCUGAAUCCACAGAUAAAGCAACUGUUAAAGAAAAGGAGCCAGAGAUACCAACAACACAGCGAAAACCACGAAGUAAAAGUAAGAGUUUAUUUGCUGAUGAAGAUGUGUUGUUUGGAGGGAGUGAGGAAGCACCAGAUAUUGAUCUGUUUAGUCCUUCAAGUCCACUGAGUCCUGAUAAGCCUGUUGCGUCAUCUCUAAAGAAAACAGAGGCUGUGAAAACCAAACCUAAACCUGCUGCUAAAGGAUUGUUUGGUGAUGAUGAUGACGAUGAUGACUUGUUUAGCAUCACUAAAAAAGCUGCUCCGAAGAAGGAAGUAAAACAAUCAAGACCGAGUCAGAAAGUUCAGAAACCUGCCACAAAAACAAAACAAUCGUCUCUCUUCGGAACUGAGGAUGAUGAUGAUCUUUUUGGUGCUGCCAAAAAAGCAGAACCCAGAAAAGAGAUUAAAAAAGACUCUCCAGCUAAAAAUAAAAUACCUGACACUGUCCCUGUGAAAGGGGCUACCACAACAGAGUCUUCGACUGACAUUCUUGGAAAUGAAAACGAUGAUGAUAUGUUUACUGUGAAAAAAGUAGAAACUACGAAAACUGAAAAAAUUAAGGCACCUCUGGAGCAGGAUGAUGAAGAAGAUGAACUAUUUGGUGGGCCUAAAAUAAAACCUGAAAAACCUGUGAAGAAGAAGAUAGUUGAGAAGGACAUUAAAACUGAUAAAUUGGAGAAGUCACCCCCUGAUGAUGUAAAACCACCAAUCUCAAAGGAGAAGAAGGAACCAGUACAACACAAAGAUCCUUUUUUUGAUGUCGGAGAAGAUGAUGCUGAUGGUUUAUUCAGUAGAAAAUCUCCUGUGCUAGAACCAAGCAAGCCAACUACAAGUAUUAAACCACCUACUCAGUCUUCUAAUUCAACUUCAGUCCCAUCAAGUGAUUCCUCUUUAAGUAACAGUGCAUCGUCCAGCCCUAGAAAAGAAGCUACUUCUAACAUUGGCAAAUUACAAGCCAGUUUAGAUAUAAAACCUUCAUCUCUAUUACCAGGAGCCCGACCACCUGAGAGGACUGAGGAACCAAGCGCUGUUAGUUUUGAUGAACCUGCAAAGCUUAGUACAUUACAUACACUACAAAAG